AUGGACAUGGCAAUUUCUUCUGACUUGCCUGAGCUCAUGAAACUUCAACAAGAUGUCAAGGAGCUGCGGAAUUCUUUCCUGGUGCUCUUACAAAGCCACCAGGACGGGUACCAGAACUGCCUCUCUGACAUAAUGGCUGCUGUGCAGGGGGCACAGCUGAGCGGCGAGGCUCUUCGAGCUUGUCAGUCAGAGGCUGCACAUCUACAACAGUGCUUGCAGGAGCUGGAUUCACGCUUCCGUCUGGAACAGCAGAGGAGGAGAGCCCUCCAUAACAGCCUGGUGGAGCUGAAAGGAAACAUCCGAGUCCACUGUCGUAUCCGUCCCUUUCUGUCAUAUGAUAAAGAGUUGGAUGGUUCAGCUUCACAGAACUGCACCACCCCUGGAGAAGUGGCCCAUGCUGUUGAUGAUGUCUGCAUGUUAGGACUGCAUGCAAUCUUAUCUGCUGAGGCCGUCACCAGUGCUGUGGAGUUUGUGGGGCUCAUCCACAGAGGGAUACAGCUCAGAGUACAGCACCCCACCCUGGUCCACAAGAACUCUUCCAGGUCUCACUUGAUUGUCACGGCAACUCUGACCACAGCUUCCUCCUUGGGCAGCACUGCCCCACAGUCCAGCCAAGGUUCCCUCCAGAAGAAAGCAGGAGCAGGUAAUUGGUGGAUUACCUCUCCUCAGGCUUCGUCCCCACACACCAUUCCAGUGGACUCUGCAGACCAUUCUGGGCAGGUGCUGGCCAGGCUGCAGCUUGUGGACUUGGCCGGCAGUGAGUGUGCAGCAGUGUCUGGGGUGACCGGUUUGGCACUGAAGGAGACCUCCUUCAUCAACCGGAGUCUGGCUGCCCUCGCAGACGUCCUCAGAGCCUUGUCAGAGCACUGUGACCACAUCCCAUAUCGGAACAGCAAGCUCACCCACCUGCUCCAAGAUUCCAUCGGUGGUGAUGCCAAGUUACUGAUGAUCCUAUGUGUGUCCCCCGGGCAGAAGCACAUGGCAGAGACUCUGCGGGCCCUAAAAUUUGGAGCUCAAGCUCGGCAGAUUGAGCGACGACCAUCCAGAAGGAGACCUCCCAGCUCCCAGAUGCAGAAGUCAGGGAUGGGCCUGGCAGGGUCAUCGGCUCUUCCUUGA